UCCACGACGAAAUGACUUUUGGAGGCUCGGAAGAUGUUAUUCGUAAUCAGCUCGUUAAACUGAAUCUGAAUAUGUAUAAUAAAGUCAAAAAUAAAUUCCACUGUAAGUUUGCAUUAGCUGAACCUUACCUGCAUUUGUUAUGAAAGCGUCUCUUUGAUUCUCUGCACACAUUUUCCUUCAAUAAUAACAAAUGUUUCAAUAACUAGAUGGCAACUACGCUAUGAGAAGUUAGACAGUUACAAUACGGAAACAACUUAAGGGUCACUUUCUAAAAGGGUCAAGCAGAGAGCGACUGAAGUAGCCCGAGAUCAGGUUCGUAUUUAUAUAGUAUCUACUGCAGUGUUGGACGACACUAGUUUAUGGUUAAAGGAAGCAAACGCUCGCGCUAUCAUCUGAAAAAAUACACAGAAAUAAAUAAAACAUUUAUCUUAAUGAAGAACAAGUGCUUUAGCUUGAAAUUUUAUCAUAGAUUUUAAAUAGUAUGGCGGAUAUGUGGUAAAAGUAUUUCAGCUCCAGACUGGUUUCUUCGAUCGCAACGGAGAUGUUAAGAUCCAGAGUUAUAAAAUUUAUAUCUGUCGACAGCAAAGAACUUAUAUAUUGCAACUUUGCUAAAUAUUUUUCAGGUGUUGGCGCUAGUUUCUGCUAGUCUGUAAACCAACACAAAAAUGUUUCCUUUUACCCAGAAACUAGUCUCAUCUAACACUAGAUACUGUAUAAAUACGAACCUGACGUGGAGCUACUGCAAUCAUUCUCUGUCUGAAUCUCUCAGACAAAGACUCUUGACUAGGACAGAGCAGGCUAAAUAUAUAGCAGAGAUUAGAAGUUUUCUAUUCUAAGUGCUAAAGCUCUGCUCGCUUAUUGUAUAAAAAAUCGCACGUGGAUAGAAGAGCAAAGGUAGUAAUUAAUCGAAUCGAUCGAUGUUCUCGAUAACAAUUUUCGAGUUUACAUAGUUCAUGCUCAUGGGUUGAGAGAAAAGGGUAAUGUGCGUAUUAAACGUAUGUAUUCUGUACUCAAAGAUCCGUUGGCACUCCACACUGUCAGUUGUAGCUCUUAGCCUAAUGAGAGACUUGAAACUCAUCAAAUUCUGUCCCAAGUUGACCUCUCAAAGCUAGAUAGCUUGUCUAAAUGGAACUGAUAAGCUCAAUUUCCAGUCGAGAUUUUGUCCGUGGGAGAUGCUCAAAUCUCAUUGGUCUCAGAAUGAUAAAAACCGUGUUGAUAACAUUUCUUUUUUUAAAAGUGCAAUAGAUGGACCACAUUGUUUUGUGGUGGGAUAAGAAGAGAUAUAAAUAGCGUCUGGGGGAACUAUGAAUUAUGUUUCGUAACAAUUUAAUCAUGAUAAGAGACCCAUCGUAUUAGUAGUGUACCAGCCAUCGUUUCAGGUGCGGAUGCUGACAACUGUCGCUUGAAAAGUUUGAAGUCUUUUCGAACGUGUUAGUUGCUGUACCUCGAUAUCUUCUCUACAAUCGACAGGCUUCACAGAUGGUCAGCUAUACUAUGACAACAUAUUGAUGAAGCUGUAAAGACUCCUAACUCUUUCCAGUUCUUUCAAGCUCGAGCUCCCCAUGCAUGCUUACGAACGAUUUACUUGUGUUCUGACAAGCCAGAAGAACUAUAUUGUACGCCACAGCAUAGUAAGUAUGCUGUCGAACGGGUGAUCUGUGGCACACGACGAUAAGUAAUUUGCCCUAGGGGCGUUAAGCCCAGCUGUUAUAGUGGUGCGGUCAGUUGUAUAUCUACACUUUAGAAACGCCCACGCAUAGGUGGGCCGGGAAAAACUUUUUAGGGUGUGCAAUAAAUUUUUAGAGUAUUGUAUACACAAACGUCCUUCCCUUCAUCCUUUUUGUCCGUGCUAACGCAUGUUUUCCCUUCAUUUAAACUGUACAUCAAAUUUUUCGAUCAAGAAUUGUUCUUUCUUUAUUUUCAACUUCGGACAGAUAUUUUGCUGCGAAAUAUAAUUCUUCACAGGGCAAUAACUGCUUAUUACGUUAUUGUCCUUGAUAUUUUUUUCUAGGUGGGGCAAUCGCCCUGCUGUUGGCCAGCCAAAGCGCCCACCGAAAGAUGAAGUUCUUCAAUCAUUAGUAUCGACCCUAUAAUUGCGUUAUGAAAAGACAGGAAGCGAAAAUUGUUCAUGUCUAAGUUUUCUUCCUUUUCAGAAGUUGAGAGCUGGAGUCCCGCAAUUACAACAACAACGACAACAAUCAGGUCAGGUGAUACAGAACUCGACGUUGACAAUUUAAUAUCUCGAUUAUUAGAAGUUAGACGAUGUCAACCGGGAAAAAACGUACAGUUGACGGAAAUAGAAAUUCGUGGCCUUUGUUCAAAAUCACGCGAACUCUUUCUUAGUCAAGCAAUGCUUCUUGAGCUUGAGCCGCCAUUGAAAAUAUGCGGUGAUAUUCAUGCUUUUCUAAUAGGCCAAUAUACAGAUCUUUUGCGUUUAUUUGAACUUGGUGGAUUCCCACCAGAAAGUAGUUAUUUGUUUUUGGGUGAUUAUGUCGAUCCAGGUUUAUCACCCGAUUUACAAUCAAUGGAACAAAUUCGACAAAUAAUGCGGCCAACAGAUGUUCCUGAUACUGGCUUAUUAUCUGAUCUGCUAUGGUCAGAUCCUGAUGAAAGCAUACAAAAUUGGAAUGAAAACGAUGCGGGCGUCUCGUUUAGCUUUGGUGCAGACGUUGUUGCACAAUUUUUGAAACUACAUGAUAUGGAGCUCAUUUGUCGAGCACAUCAGGUUGUGUCAGAUGGUUACCAAUUUUUUGCUAAUCGUCAAUUGGUGACUGUUUUUUCCGCUCCAAACUAUUGUGGUGAAUUCGACAAUGAUGGGGCGAUGAUGGCGGUCGAUGAAACUCUGAAAUGCACAUUUCUGAUUUUGAGAAAAGAUGGCUACAAUUCUGGUUGGUCCCAUGACUCAAUUGCAUGUACCAUAAGUGUAAUUCCACAAACAAAAGAAAAUAACAAAUAA